AAAGUGUUCGCUGAAAUUCCUGAGUGAAAAAGUGAGACAACAUGGGCGUGUCUUUCAAGGUUGCAAAGGCGGGUACGAGGUACCGGCCGAAGCUGCUUCAGAUUGAGUACAAGGACGAUGAGGACGGCCCUGUCUCUGAGUCUCAUCAGAGUGCUGACGAGGGUAAAAUUUCUGGGGCAGGAUCUAAGGUUGCUGAGCCUUCAAAUUCAUUGAACAAACCUGCACUGCACUCAUUUUAUGAAGAUCUUGAAGUGUCAUUUUCACUGAAUUUAUUCCAAAAUGGCUUUUCUAUUGGAAAAGCUGCUGAGUUGUUCAAUGAUGAACCAAAGCAAUUGCACCCUUAUGAUAGGGCAUCGGAGACUCUUUUCUCUGCAAUUGAGUACGGUUGGUUACCUGGAGAUCUUUUUGAUAAUAUACCCAGCAAAUUUGUGAAUGGAGCACUCUUGUGUGAGAUUCAAGAUUAUCGUAUUUCAUUGCCCCAAAAAGGAGGUACUGCUGCUUCAGUGGAGAACUCUCCAAUUGUUCAUAAAGUGCUCCUACGUAUGCGUACGGAGAAUGUGGUUAAGGAAAUCUCCUUGAUCUCAGAUGAUUCUUGGACCUAUGCAGACUUAUUGGAAAUUGAGUCCCGCAUCCUUAAGGCUUUGCAUCCUGAUCUACUACUGAACCCACAGCCAUUGCAGGACAGAUAUUGUGGAGAACUCCUGAGAAAGAAGCUCGACUUGGGAAUUGCAUGGAGCUGGAAAAGGGGAAAGCCGAGUGAGAAGACAGCGAGUAAUACAACAUUCAGCAAUUCAUAUCAUAUGAUCCAAAUUUCAGGUAGUUGUGCUAUCCAGAAUUCUAGCUCUCAAUUUGGCCUAGAAUAUCAAGACAGAGGAGUUACAUCUUUGCAGCAUAAGAUUUUGAGUUCUAAUCUUAAUCCACAAGAAAACAAUGUUGUAGUAGAGAAAACGUCCCCAUCCAAUCCUUUGAUGAUGGACAAUCAAUUAGCAGAUGGUUGUAAACAAUCUGUUUUGACAACUCUGACAACAUCCAAUUUUGUACCCAAACAACAUUAUAGUUACUGUAACAGUGAUCCAACAAAAUCCAUUUCAUUGGUUUCUGGUGAAAAGAGAAGAUGUGAAACAGAAGCACCUCAAGAACAUAUUGCUAAGAAGCCCAAGAAAGGGCAUGUAGACUUCUCUCAACAGCAACUUCCUGGAAGCCAAGCUGAAAGCAGUCUUGCACCUGAACAACAGUGGAAGAACAAGCUGUUACAUCAGCAAAUUGUGGCUAAAAAACUUUUAGGUGAAAAAUUUCAAGACAAAUCACGUCCUUUUCUGUUAGUAAACAGUUCUCAGUCGGUUCUUAAAGAUACUUCAAUGCUCCCUUACACUGUGAAACAAAAGACCACUGAAACUGGUUUCUGUGGUUCAGAUGCUAGGAAGACAAAUGAUAGCUGCUUUCUCAUGGACAGGAGAAUUAGUCAAUCUAAUAAUCAGCAAUCAGAGCAGCAACCACUAUCACCAUUGUUGAGAGACAAUACCCCUCCUACCUACUCAUUGUGGAGUCGCAUUGCUCAUCCAGUUAACAAAAGUUUGAGAAAUGGAAGUGCUACUCUGAAGAGCGAAUCUUUUCGGAAUCCACAGGUUUCAACUGUGAAACAAAAGACCGCUGAAACUGGUUUCUGUGGUUCAGAUGCUAGGAAGACAAAUGAUAGCUGUUUUCUCAUGGAUAGGAGAAUUAGUCAAUCUAAUAAUCAGCAAUUAGAACAGCAACCACUAUCACCAUUGUUGAGAGACAUUACCCCUCCUACCUACUCAUUGUGGAGUCGCAUUGCUCAUCCAGUUAACAAAAGUUUGAGAAAUAGAAAUGCUAUUCUGAAGAGCGAAUCUUUUCGGAAUCCACAGGUCACAACUGUGAAACAAAAGACCGUUGAAUCUGGUUUCUUUGGUUCAGAUGCUAGGAAGACAAAUGAUAGCUGCUUUCUCAUGGAUAGGAGAAUUAGUCAAUCUAAUAAUCAGCAAUUAGAACAGCAACCACUAUCACCAUUGUUGAGAGACAAUACCCCUCCUACCUACUCAUUGUGGAGUCGCAUUGCUCAUCCGGUUAACGAAAGUUUGAGAAAUGGAAGUGCUACUCAGAAAAGCGAAUCUUUUUGGAAUCCACAGGUUACAACUGGUGUAAAAAGUGCAACUAUAAGUUCUCAACACAAUGACUCUGUAAAGGCAACUAUAAAUUCUCAACACAAUGAUUCCUUGGCAAGAGAGGCAUCUGUACCUACAAAGCGGAAAAUGAACUCUCAGAUCAAAGGCUCGAAUAUGAAAGUAGUUGGUUCUUUUGCUAGCAUGAGCACUUCAAAUGCAGCCAAUGGAAACAGCCUUCCAGUUGGAAAUAUUCGUCUAGACAAGCCUUCAGAAACUGAAGUUAACUCUGUUCUUAAGAGGUUGGUGAAGAUUGAAGAGUUGACUCAAUGGUAUGGACUGAAUAAAAAGAAGCAAAGAAAACCAUUUUCCCAUACAACUUCUCUGGUUCCUUUUCACCCUUUAAGUUCUGAGGAUAACAGGAGGCUUAAUGUCUGUAAGACUAGAACAUUGACGUUUGUACAUCAUGUCUAUGAAGGAAAUGAAAUUCCCAUGGUUGAUAGAGAGGGUCAGAUCACACUGGUCAUAUCGGAGAAGCUUAAUGAGGGAAUAUUAGAAGCUUGUAUUCAUUAUGGAGUUGAAAAAGAAAUUGGUUCUUUUGCUAUCCCUCUCCUUUUCUCUGGCAGUCAUUCUGCGGACAUUUUUGCUUCUCAGUUCAUGUCAUUGAUGGCGGACGAAGGAUACCGCAUGGAUAGUCGUGUAGAACCUUCACCUCUUAAAGCUCGUGAUGACUCGAGCACUCCUCAGUCAGGUGUUAUAACUGAUGCUGCUAAAACAACUGGGACGGUUGAACUUCAUCAUCCAACUUUGAAAUCUGGGCUAUCACCUUGCAUGUUUAAUCCGACGACUAACAGCUUGCCAGCCCAUAAUGCCACACAAUUACCAUCACAGAACAUUCUCUCUAGAGGCGACUUGCUCCCCACUGGAAACAUUCAGUCAGCUUUUUCCAAUCCCCAACUUGGCGUUGCUACCCCCAUCAGCCCUGCGCAAUGUCUGGAGAUUUUCAGUAAAUGUGCCCAUUUGCAGUUGCAGAUGCAGCAAGGACUAAGGCAACCGAAAGUUAUGCAAAGGGAGAUGUUAGUGGGAGGAUUGGGAGUGGCUGCAAGUGGACUUGGUGUGAUCCAACCAGGUGGUGGAAUCCAGGGGCUUGGAAAUAGUAAUGUUAGUCCCUUCAGCAAUAUGGUAGGCACAGGGGGCUCAGCACCUAUGUUAAUGGGAGGACAUAAUCCUUGGAUUGGCAGUGGGAGUCAAUUUAACAAUCUUGGCAGCAACAUAUCAAGUUCAAGUGAAAGUAAGCAGCUUCUUGGUUUGAUUUCUAAUAAUCCAGUUGCAGAUAUGGCAAAGCUGAGGACAGCAGAAGACCAAGGGGGAGCUUUGAUCAGUGGAGUUCCAAUCCAGAGAAAUGCUAGCAGGAUGCCAAUGCAUACAUUAAACCUUCCAGGCUCGGCACGUAACUUGAACAACCAGCAGCAGCCACAGCAACAACUAAAUGAGCGACUACAUAUGCUGCAGCUGCAGGAGGAAAUGAAACCAUUUCUCCAUCCUCCAGCAAUGACUGGUUUAACUGUUAAUGUGGGUUUGCCUUCGAGCCAAGAUACCCUGCAAAAAUCUUAUGUGCAACCUCUAAUGAGCCCACAGCAACUGAGCCCCAGAUUGGCAUUUGUGCAGAUGAACUCCAAUAAUAUGAUGGGCAGUCCUGAAAAUCCGGACCUGAGCUCUCGGAUGCAUAGAAAACAUAGGUGGUGUAAUUAGUCAGGGUUAGUAUAAAUAAUAUAUACAAAAGAUGGGUAGGUAAACUAGGUAUAGUCUUUUUG